UCGAGCAAAUCAGAAGUACGGGCUAUCAGCCAGCGGUCCACAUCACUAGAGCCGGCCCAGCCAGCGCUUAUUCCUCGUCCGCCCGUCCGAGAGAGUGAGCGUGAGCUGCCGCCAGUGGACCGAGCGGGUCACUUCUAACAAGUGAGAUGGUGAGAGGAGGUAAGGAGUGAGGCCAUGGGCUGCACCUCGGCUAAGCAGGUGCUGGCUGUGCCCACUGAAGAAGAGGGCCGGGGCAAAGCUUACAGCAACGGAGACCUCUUCACCGAUGAAUAUAAGAUUAAGGGAGUGGAGGAGGUGAAGUACAUGCAUGGAGAAGAGGACAGGGUGAACGCACGUAACCAAGAGAACCUGGAGAAAAGCUCAACACAGCACAGGACCAAACAGCACAAAGAGGUGCCUGGGCCCAACGCCAACAGGACGAACAUACAUACGUCAGAGAGUCAGCAGGAGUUCUUCAGAAUGCUGGAUGAGAAGAUUGAGAAGGGUCGGGACUACUGCUCGGAGGAAGAGGAUGAUGUGACAUAGCAGAGAGGUCUCGAUUCGUGACAAAGAUGGAAAGAGAGUGAGAGCGAGAGAGAGAGAGAGAGAAUGAACUCAAAUCAGUGUCUCCUAUGUCUGUAAAACUCAGUUUGAGACAUAGUAUGUGUGCGAGAGUGUGUGUUUGUCAGAGUAAAAGCAAGCAGGACUAUUCCACAUCGGCUGUUGCACCCUGGACCCCUCUCCUCUUGGGGUUGCCCUGCUUGGAGAUCUAGAUGGUUGGAUGAAGAAGCAACAGCUUGAUUGACUUAUUAUCGACAGACUCACUCUGACUUGAUAUUGGGACCCUGCCCCCUUCAAUCCUUUCCUUCUCUGUGCUCCUACGGCCAGCAUUGAACCGGCCUCCUUUCUCAGCUGUGACGGAGGGCCUCGUCUAGCCAUUUGUGAAAGAGAUAUUAUGUAGAGGAAAGAUGAAAGGAUAUGGAGAGCAGAAAGACACCAUGCCCCUCCCAGUCCUUUUUUAAGUGGCAGGCCAGAGAAACACUGACAUGGAGGGAAGAGAGGAUAGCUUACAUCACAUCCUCUGGAGACAGUGGGGGAUGAAUGUAAAGAUGGAGUGUUGUGGGGGUUUUCCAGGUGGGAAGGUGGAAAUGCAAAAGAGAGCUAUUUUAUUAGAAGCAAUUAUAUGAACGAACAUUGAUAUUUUGAUAAGAGCGACGUGGACGAGUUUUUUGUUUUUUUUGUUUUUCAAAACUGAUAUGGACCUUUUUGCCUUUUUGAAGGACCUUUUUUAAUUUGUGGAGGUUGGUUGUUUGUUCCAUUUUGUAUGUUUUUUUCCCUUUAGCAUAUUUCAACGCCCUCCUCAAACUAGUGCUGUAAAGGUCAGGAUUGUGCGGUGACCCCAUAACACACUCGCAUAAACACACACAAAGACUUGCAGCUAAAAUAUAUUACCACACCCUCUUUUCACACACACAAGUUCGCACUUUCUAUUUGUAUAUCCUGCCAUUAUUUAAGUUCUCAUAAAUGGGCAGAAGGCAGGACAGUCUAGUUACCAACUGUUUUCUGUUGCCCACACACACACACAUACAUAUCCUUUACAGCCAGUCAUAUAGGCAACAAUUUACUCACAGAUCCAUAUUGACUGUUUAUGCUGCUCUGUUAAUACAGGUAAUGGGACUGUGAUAAGUGUAGCAGAGAGCUAGGAUUGUCUAACUGUUGUUUUUGUGUGUUUAACAUGGCUGUGUUUGUGUUAAUCUGUGUCAGAGUCAGGACUGACUGUGUUAAUCUUUGUUGAUGGGAUGUCUGUCUCAGAAAAGGGGUUGAUCAUUGUUAGCCUUGUGUGAAAGGUGUUCAUCAUAGCCCUGUUUAGCUGCAGGGUUUCUUUUUCUUUUUUGUUUGCCAUUAUCCUUUCUCUGUCCAUCACCCUGCUUAUUUCUCUCUGUAGUAUUUUAGCGUUCAGGCUGGUCUCUGACUCUGAAACAGUAUGAGGUGGGGUGGGGGUCAUUCCGGCGACACAGCGCUGGCCAGGCAUCCGUCAUCAUGGUUACUGGAUUGAAUCCUUUUUAAAUUUUAUUUUCAGUGUUUUCUUUUUCUAUUAAAGAAAUAAGACACGUGAGCUUUUGCUUUCUAUUUCUGAGUGCUAUCUUACUGAUUCAUUGCUUGGCGCGUGUAGGUAUUGCUGGCACCAUUAAUCCAUUCCAGCGUCAUAUUUCCUGUUGGUGGUCUGACUCAUAACGUUAAAAAUACUUUAAUGGUACUGAGGUAGAGUUUCAAAUGCACAUAUGUGAAGAUUACAUAUCUGGGUUAACAUAUUAAACCUAACAAAUAUACAACAUGUUGUAGAAAAGGCUGCCCAGCGUAUCCCGUUUAUACCGAAAUUCUACGUGGAUGAGGCAUUUGGAACAGCUGUUAAACUAACAACAAGAAGCAAAUGCGCCUCUGUCUUAUUUCAACACACUUGAUGACGUUUGUCUCCAUCUGCUGGUCGAAGAGCGGAACAACACCAGAAAUCUCAACAGGCGCGUAACGCCUCAGAGCAACGUUACACGGCCAUCUGAAAUGUUUUGACCGGUCGCUCUGGAAGCGCGAGACUGCUUUGGUGGUUUUUCAUGCCUGUAAGACUGACUAUAGCGUGAGCCAAUAGCAUUCGUCUGCAGCCUGUUUAGGAGCAUAUCAUUAGGGUCGUUCGAGAUGAGCAAACUCUGAGCAGUAAUGUGCUUAUUUUAUUAUUAAAGCGAUUAUUUAGCAGAGAUGGGCCACUUCUAUUCAUAUGAAUGGGAGAAAGAGGGAGUUCGCGCCCAACUGUCAACGGAUGUAGAAAGGAAGUCCCGCCUUACGGUUAAAAGAGCCAAACACAUUUUAGAUGCAGACAUCGCCUGUCAAUCAAACUUUAAAACGCGCGUGCGCAUUAGCUAUACAAGCCGGGAAAAUUGCGGUUGUUUUGUGUAAUAUGAGUAAAAUAAUCACAGUUAAAGAUUCCAGUAUUGUUAAUUUUACUGCUGAUUUAAAAUAUGUUCUUUGAUCUUAAUAUUGAUCAACCGUUUUAGAGAUUUUGGUCAUUUUCCAUUCAAGUGGCUAGCAUGACUGGAAAUAGCCUCCCGACAGCGUUCCAAACAUGGCCGACAGUGGAAUGACUUGCUAGAGUGACUUUGGUGUUGUGUGCGACUUGUUAUGAUGUCAUGCUUGAGUCGACGUAUGCCAAAAACUCUCGCGACGUCAUGGUGGCCGCAGUUGCUCUCCCCCGACAGAGGUGACUAAAGGCACGAUGGGAAACGACUUGCUGACGACACAGCUUUUAUUGCUUAUGUUGAGCAGUGCUCAGUGAUGUUUUGUUAUCUUCUAAAAUGUUUUAUUUUUUUUUUAUCUCUAAAAUCAUUGUUGUAUGUGUAUAAAUUAUCUGUGAAUAUUCCCAACACUAUAACAGUAAGAUAUUUGAAUGGGAUAUGUGAUUUUUAUCAUAUUUCUGUAAUAUCUCAAACAUGUGUCUUCAUUCAUCUAAAAAUGGAUGGAAAGACACGUCUC